GUGGCUUCCUAGCUGACUACUGGGAGUGUUUACUGGGAUGCACUUGUUUCAGAUACAUGUAGUUAAUUCUUCACGUCGUAUGCAUGUGAAUGUUGUCAAAGACAGCCGGUAGCUGAUCUGGUGUCAGCUGAUCAUCACAGCAACAGCAGCAGCAGGCGGACCGCCGGAGCCGGACCCGGACCCGGAGCUGCUGCUGCAGGAGGCUUCCUUUGCCUACCGACCAUCCAGCCUGUCGGUCUGAUAUGGCGGAGAACGAGUCGUCCGUUGAAUUUUCCGGCUCUCUGACGAGCUCGACUCUUCCGCCGCCGAGGACCCGCAUCUUCAAGAUCAUCGUGAUCGGGGACUCGGGCGUCGGGAAGACCUGCCUCACCUACCGCUUCUGUGCCGGGAAGUUCCCCGAGAAGACCGAGGCCACGAUCGGGGUGGACUUCAGGGAGAGGCUGGUCGAGAUCGACAGCGAGAAAAUCAAGAUUCAGCUGUGGGACACUGCAGGUCAGGAGCGCUUCAGGAAGUCCAUGGUGCAGCACUACUACCGCAACGUGCAUGCCGUCGUCUUCGUCUACGAUGUCACCAACGCCGCCAGCUUCCGCAGCCUGCCGGCCUGGAUCGAGGAGUGUAAGCAGCACGCGCUGGGCACGGAGGUACCCAGGAUCCUAGUCGGGAACAAGUGCGACCUUCAAGACUCCGUCCAAGUAGGCACAGACGUGGCGCAGCAGUUCGCCGAUGCCCACUCCAUGCCGCUGUUCGAGACGUCUGCCAAGAACCCAAACAGCCAGGGAGACGGACAUGGCGGAGGAAACAGUGACCACGUCGAGGCUAUUUUUAUGACGGUGGCCCACAAGCUGAAGUCUCAGAAGCCUCUGGUACUGAGCCAGCCACCCGGGGGAUCAGGGGACACCAUCAACCUGAGCAGGGGGAGGGAUGACGGGGGAGACGGGGCCAGGAGCUGGGGCUGCAGCAGCUGCUGAGGGACAAACAUGGAGGGAAAGAGGGAGACAACUUCAGCCUGACGCUGCACAAACAGAAAGGAAGAAUGGAUCUGGCUAAAUGGCUUCACAAUCAGCACAAACACGUAGAUGAAAGGAGGACCCGAUGCCUGUGCUUCACUUUAUAAAUGACUUUAAAUGGUUGUGAGGUAGUAUUUACUGUAUGUCUUUCGGUUCAUGGAAAUGAUCCUGAACAAGGGGCCAAAAAUCUGAUUCUAAAUCAGUUAUUCUUCUUCAUCAGUUGCUCAGUGGCAACAGGAGACAUGGCGACAACCUGGCAUUAAGAAACAAGGGAUUGAAGGGAGGGAUGUCUUUCUUUACUACGACAGGACGGGAGAGCAGGAUGUCAUUUGUCACGCAGACUUGGGGUGGACGUAAUAACAGAACACAUUGUAAUCUGAUUAUAGUCUGUCUGCUUUGAAUCCAGCCGUCUCAUUAAAGGUGCCCUGCUGUGUGUUCUUGUUAACAAACACAGGUCUGUUCACAUGUUGUGUAUUUAUGAAGCCCAUCAAACAUGUUGAAUUCAUUUCCAACAAACAUAUUUGCUCAGUCAAUAUUUGAAAUCUUCUGAAAGUCCAGUGGCAUGUGAUGAUGUGAUGAUGUUAACCGUUAAGGUGAAUCCUUUAAAGCCCAUCUGCCAAACAGGCCUGCUAUACACAAUGAAUGUGGGGGGUUCAUGUACAUGGAUGGAUACUUGUCCUGUAUGUGAGCUUGUGAUAUCAUAUUGUGCAUGUGGUUAACGCCGUUGUAUGAUAAAGAGCUGACACUGUUCAACCCUUCGUAAGCCAUGAUGCACCAUAAGCUGGAUGUGUGUCGUGGCCACAGCUGGUCCUGUGGCUCUCUCUGCCGAUACCGCUGCACAUUAACGUCCAUCAGUCAAAGCCAGCGGCGGCGUCUCAGGACUCCGUGCACACAGAUGGAGAAGAGAGAAGAGAAGAACAGGCAGAGCUGCCGGCUGUGCUCGCUGCCUCUCUGAGGCGCAGUGGAACACAUCAUGUGGGUGUUUGAUUGUUUUACAUUUGGUCGCUGCUUUCUUCUGUUCAAGUGUCCUUUAUUUGUGAUGAAUGCCUCCCAUCCACCUCCACACAGGGCCCUGCUGUGGUCUCCUAUGGUUGCCUUUUCUUCACUAUAGCCAUGAACAACAAAUAAUGGCAACUGUCUCGUUGCAAAUGCCCAGAAAGAAAAAUUCAUUACAGAAUGCUUUCAAUUCCCAAAGUGACUGAUGAAUGAAGGAACCUACUGGGGACGAGUAGUUGCAAUGGUUCCUGUCAUGUGUGACCUUGCAAUAAAGCACCCUGAACAUUU